UUUACGGAUGCGAGUGUGUGGGGAGUGGGCGUUUACACAUCCCAAUGGCCCCACGAUAAAAAAGGACCAGAACAUUGACCACCCCAGUAGCGCGCUCGACAACACGCAGACAAAAACACUUCGCAAACGACGCGUCUCCUAAAGGCUUCAGAUUGCAAAGCAAAUAGCGCAGCGCACGUAAACCGACAGCCGAUGCCCUCCCUACAUUACCAUACACACCAUCACGAGGUGCAAGGGCAGCAAGGGAGUCCGACACACUUGGAACCAAGGUGACAAAAACAUCAGGCGUGCGCGCGGUCGCGUCUACGCAGCGACGUUUGUGAAAUCCUCAGCGGUGAAAGUCAGGAAAGGUCAGAAACAACUCUGACGCCGGUGGGAAACCCGUCAGAGCCGAGAGCAAAUCCGCGAACGCUCGUCUCUGCGACAGGAGCUGACAUCGUCGGCAAGGCGGUGUCGGCGUCAGACGCCGACAAUGAGCAGGUACACGGUGACCGGUGCGCUUCUGCUCCUGUGCGCCCUCGAGUCGUCUCUGACCGCGGUGGAGGCUGGCGUCUUCGACAACAUCUACCCGGAGGUGAUCAACAACACGCUGCACUACUACUUCGUGCCGGACGGCGUCUACGACGACGAGGAGGGCAUCGACAAGUGCCUCGUCGAGUUCGACCUCAGCGGACGCAGGCUGGACCUCGACGAUCGGCGGAGGAGUUCGUGGAGCGGCUCCGACUUCGAUGGCUUCAGGCGUGAGACGAAGGACGACUCACGCGUCCUUGAGAGUCUGCUCAAGGUCAUCCAGCACGACACGGACGGCGCGGAGAGCUACAGCAAGUACCUGCGCAGCGAGCUGGGCACACUGGGCCAGGCGUUCGGCGACGCGGCCACGUCCCUGCAGGAGCUCGAGUCCAAGCUGCAGGCCCAGAAGGAGGCACUGAACGCCGUGGUGGUGGAGGAGCUCCUGCACCUGGGCGCCGACUCUACGGAUCUGCUCAGCGAGGUGCUGGGCGCGUCGGCGAGCUCGCACGAAUCGAGCAGAUACGUCGAGUCCUUGGUGAAUCUCAACGACGCGCGGCUCACCACCAUCUUCCACAAGUACAUUGAGGCGUGGCAGGUCUACUACGCCGUCUGACGGGGCGGCCGUGGCGCGUCGUGGCGAUGGGUCGUGCGUGCGGUAUCCGUCUCCGAGAGGGAUGCGUUGCCGAGUUUUAGGAUGAAUCUGGAGAGGGGGGAAAAAGUUACGAACGAAAAAUCGGGCCUUGGGUGUGAACAUUUUUUGGGAUGGUUCAGAUGUUUUUUGUUGCGGAUUGAUCCGAAGGUGAGAUGAUGAUGCAGCAGGGAGUGGCGUCGAUUCCGCGCUUAGCCCCACAAAAGUGCCCUCAUGCGAUGUCAUUUUGACGAUGCGUGACGUCGCUUUUUGUUUAAAUUAUUAAAGUAGUGUUUACAUAUAAAUUAUUUCUUCAUUGACGGGACUACGUUAAAAUUGUGCAUUCAAUUAUUAAUGUUUACAACGAUUAAAAAGGGUAAAAUUUAGUGGUAAUUAUGAAACAUAUUAAGCUAAUUACAGUGAAUCUAAGUAGAAUCCGAAUAUGGGCCAAAGAAAUCUGAAAAUGUCUAAAAAAAAUGAAAUCUGAAACUAAUCUCGAGUGUCUACCAUGAGCGAACCCUGGCAACUACUCCAAAAAACGCCAAAAGAUAACAUCUUACGGAAAAAUAUUCACACGAAAAAAUGCCCUCAGUAAUUUUCGAAAAAGACAACUCACGGAUUGUUUGCGUAGACCGGCGAUACAAUUUGCGGCCAAGUUAUGUUUAAGUGGUACUUUUGCUGACGGCCGUCACUGAAAUAACAACGCGUGCUCACCAGACGAACAUCAGUGACGAAGCCACUUCCAGGGCAACUUGUGACCAUGUGGCUGCAGUUAGUGAUUACGUAAUUAUUAUUAUAAUAACACAGGGUAUUAAUGUGUAAAAUAAAAAGUGUUAUUUUUUGGUUACUAGUUCACGUCUGCUAUAGAAUUUCAAACGUUUGGUCAUCAUUCACAUUGCACUUUUAAAAGUGUGUAAAAUGUACCUUUUGCUAAGCCAGCAGGCGUUUGGGAUCAAAUAUAAUGUUUAUGGAAAGUGGAUUUUUUUGGGCGAGAUUUUUGGUCUAUUGGUCAUUUUUGUACUAAUUUUAUUUCUCGGGUUAUAAGCAGAUUGAUGGAUAUAGUACAGAAGAAAUCCUCUUAUCCUCGACCCUAUUAGUUGCAACUCAUUAUCUUGCGGUGGUUGCAGGCUCCGCAAUAAUCCUAUUAUCAAUGCCCCUAUUUCUUCCUACUAUCCGUGGUUAUCCACAAUUUUGCCUGCCAUGCAUAGCAAAGCGACUUCCUAUUACUCGCGAUUUUUCACAGAUAAGGGUCUAGCGGCUAAUAAUUCACCGAUUAUCCGCAAGGGGUUUCCAUAAAUUAGUUUUCUAUAUUGCAGAUAAUCCCGUGAAUUAUAGGAUCCGCCGAUAUUGGCCCUCCACAUCACCGUGAAUGAGACGAGUUCUCCCGUAUGAUAAUCAUUCUCAAAAGUAGACCUGUGUGUGUGUGUGAAACUCCGAGUGCUGGCCACCGCCCAUGCUGCCCCCAGCCCACUGCCUUUGUUUGUUAUAUUUGGCUGAAUUGUUACGACGCUGAUGACAUCAAUGCUUAAACGGAGGCUGCAUGCUCCCCAGUGUCAAUGUAUUCUUAACGAGAAGCAGAGCUUUGGGCAGUCUGUGAAGCACACAGCACCAACCGCUACACUAAUUUACUUAAGCUUAUUUGAAGAAAAAAAACGGGGAUUUGUUUUUGAUAUAUAUAUAAGAAUGAAUCGUAUGUGCAGUUAAGUUUACUUGACUGAGAGCUACGCUGUCCUGGCAUUAUUUACCCAACGCAAUCAGCUGUUUAAAAGUAUAUAUUUAAAUGUAUUUAAUGUUUGUUUAAGUGUGGAACAAUAGUUACAAUUAUUGCGUAGUUCCAUUUGCAAUAGUUUUCACUUACAGGCUUUCGCUCAAAUUGACAGUUUUAAAU